AUGUGUGAUGUUGCUGUUUAAUUUGCUAUCUUUCAGCUCCCUGUUGCUACUGAGGCCAAGAAAAGGCGUGCACCUAAAGCUCCAGAGCUUCCCAUUGUGGAGAGGAGAAACUGGCUGAUCCACCAGCACUAUAUCCGCAAAGACUAUGACACCUGCAAGAUGAUCAUCAAAGAACAACUACAGGAAACAACUGGAAUGUGUGAAUAUGCCAUAUACGUACAAGCACUAAUCUUGCGUCUUGAGGGAAAGAUCCAGCAGUCCCUGGAGCUGUUUCAGAGUUGUGCUAUCCUUAAUCCCGGCAGCCCGGACAAUCUCAAGCAAGUGGCCAGAUCACUGUUUCUCCUAGGAAAGCACAAAGCAGCUAUUGAAUUCUAUCAUGAAGCGACCAGGCUCAAUGAGGACUGGGAAAUCAGUCAUAAUCUGGGAGUGUGCUAUUUGUUCCUCAAAGACUAUAAACAUGCUGAAGAGCAACUAAACAUAGCUCUCCAAUUAAACAAACAUGACAAGACCUUCAUGAUGCUUGGGAAGGUUCAUUUGCUGGCAGGAGACACUGACAAGGCCAUCGAAGUGUACAAGAGAGCAGUGGAGUUUUCACCAGAGAAUACUGAACUGCUGACUACUCUAGGUUUGCUGUUUUUACAGCUGGAACAAUACCAAAAAGCAUUUGAACACCCUUGGAAAUGCACUGGACGUUGACCCAACAAUUAUAAGGCCAUCCUGGCUGCAGGCAGUAUGAUGCAGACUCACGGUGACUUUGAUGUGGCCAUGAACAAGUACCGGGGCUGCAUGCGCUGUGCCGAGAGCCCCCCUCUCUGGAACAAUAUUGGCAUGUGCUUUUGCAAGAAGAAAUAUGUUGCUGCCAUCAGCUGCCUGAAGCGGGCCCAUUACUUGUCUCCUUUUGACUGGAAGGUCUUGUACAACCUCGGUCUGGUACAUCUGACUAUGCAGCAGUAUGCUUCAGCCUUCCACUUCCUCAGUGCCGCCAUCAACCUCAACCCACGUAUGGGGGAGCUCUAUAUGCUGUUGGCAGUGGCUUUGACCAACUUAGAGGAUGUGGAGAAUGCCACCAGAUCAUAUGAACAAGCUGUGACUCUCGACCAAUCCAAUCCUCUGGUAAACUUGAACUUCGCAAUCUUCCUCUAUAAUCACGGUGACAAGAAGGGAGCUCUGGAGCAGUACCAGGAGAUGGAGAGGAAAGUCAACCUGCUCAGAGACAGCAGCAGCAGCUUUGAGUUUGAUCCAGAGCUGAUGGACAUGGCUCAGAAGAUGGGAGCUGCCCUGCAGGUGACAGAAAAUGUGGUGUGGACUAAACCAGCCAAGGACUCCAAAUCCAAAUCCAACUCAGCAUCAGCCACCAAAACCCCGGGUGCUCCUCUUGGCACAAACCAAGCUUUGGGUCAGGCCAUGUCUUCUGCUGCAAGCUAUAACAAGAACAUCCAGCUGCCAGCAGGAGUUUCCAAAAGCCCCUCGAUGCCCCUGGAGCCAGAACCAGAUGUGGAGAAAGCCCCCUGCCCACCCACUGAUCCUCCAGGCUCCCCUGAACCUGUGGAUUCAGAAAACCCCAAAGCCAAAACCUCAAAGAGAAAAUCAAAGGUGGAGGAAGCAAAUUAGCAGUGAGGUUACCCCCACACCCCACCAUUUUGUAAUAGAUCACUUCUUGUCAUGGAGUCAAAUUAAGAUUCUUGAACACCAACCACGCUAUUUGUGGUUUAAUGGCUCAUUGUAGUUAGACAUGAAGCCCUGAGUUAUAGGCUUUUGGUUUAGGUACAUGGUACACAGCUGUUUUAUAUCCUACUUAAUAAUUUACUUCAGACUGAAAAGGGCAGGGUCAUGUUUUUACCUGCCUGUGCACUUUGGUCAUACCAUGUUUUUCAGGAAUAUCAAAUGUCAAUACAUCACUUAUCAUCUUAUACCAAAACAGUGUCUUGUGAACUUUCGUAGAUGUGGCAGGUUAAGUGCACAUGUCUAAACCAGAUCCAAUAGAUGUUGCCAUUUAAGAGUGAUUCUUUUGAAAAAAUAGUAAUAUGGGCAGCUGUAUUGUAAGAAAUAGUGAUAUUUGGAUGGGCUGAGCAAUAAAGUUGUAUUGACAUUUCUUGAUGAGGUGUCAACUAUUCAGCUUUUUGGCAUCCUUGCAAAUAUAUAAAUAAAUGUAAAGUAAUGCUAUGACAAUCACUGAUAAGGUACAGAAAUUGAUGUUUUCUGAGGGUAUUGCAGAUUGUAAAUAGUAAUAAAUGCUUUUAUAUGUGGAUACAUGUUUAUUUAGAAGAAUGUAUUUAAUAUUAAAAGAGAUACUGAAAUGACAA